AUGGAACAGUUUUCUGGAGAUGAUACAGAAACCAACACUAAUCGAGAGCCUGCCGAAUUUGCACAGGGAGAGCAGCCUCAACAAGAAGAGGUAUACACUGAACAGUCAUUUACGGAGGAUGCCGCCCCGCAGUUCAAACCCCCUACUCCUUCACAGUUCAAGACACCAACCCCUCCACAGUUUAAAUCUCCAAACCCUCCUCAGUUCAAAACUUCAAUCCCAUCGCAAAGAACACAUCAAGCCGUUGUCGUGCCCAUGGAGCCAAAAGAUAUUGCUAACCUCCAACGUGCACAUGCAAUGAUCCAUGCCAACGAUGCGAUUCCUCCUUCGAGGUAUGCAACGAUGAGGGAGAUGACUGAAGAUUUUUGGCGAGAAAGAAAACGGAAAAUGUGGGAUAUCCCGGAAGAAGAAAUGGCAACCAAGUCAAAAAAUAUGUCUGUUCCCAUGGCGAGAGUUAAGAAAAUCAUGAAAAUCGACGAAGACGUUCGUUGUCUGAACAUUGCAUCAGAUGCUCCGAUUUUCAUGGCUCAAGCAGCUGAGUUUUUCAUCGAAGAAAUGACUGCAAUGGGGUGGCAAUACGUAUCAGAAGCUCGACGAAGGAUUCUGCAGAAGAGUGAUGUAGCAACAGCAGUAAAGAAAAAUGAGCAAUUCGAUUUUCUACUCGAUUUCCUGCCCCAAGCACCAGCAAUCAAACCGCUGUCCAGAAAUCCACCGCCUCGUCGGGCAUCGUUUAAUCAGAACCAAACCGCUCAAAACCUUCAGAACUCUCAAAAUGGUUUCAAACCUGCGCAAAAAAGAUCAUUUCCUGGAGCGUCGAAGGCACAUACAGGAACAUCUAACAGCUUCCAAUGUGUUCAAAACGAAACCUCCAGGGGGAGAGUGGAAUAUCAGAUCGUCCAAACUACUUCAGCGGGACCGUCGACUUCUUCUCCUCAAGGUCCCUAUAUCUCUAAUAUUCCAUCUGCACAAUCUCUUUAA